GAACAAGAUGGGAGUCACGGCGGUGUUUGUGCUGCCUCUGCUGCUAUUGGGGAUCAGCGGCCUCCUCUUCAUUUACCAAGAGGUCUCCCGGCUGUGGUCCAAGUCGGCCGUGCAGAACAAAGUAGUCGUCAUCACUGAUGCCGUCUCAGCGCUGGGCAAGGAGUGUGCACGCGUGUUCCACACUGGAGGGGCAAGGCUGGUGCUGUGUGCAAAGAAUUGGGAAGGGCUAGAGAGCCUGUACGACACCUUGGUCAGCGUGGCUGACCCCAGAAAGACCUUUACCCCAAAGCUUGUCCUCUUGGACCUCGCGGACAUCAGCUGUGUCCAGGAUGUGGCCAAAGAGAUCCUGGACUGCUAUGGCUGUGUGGACAUCCUCAUCAACAAUGCCAGCGUGAAGGUGCAGGCUCCGGCCCAUAAGAUCUCUCUGGAGCUUGACAAAAAGAUCAUGGAUGCCAAUUACUUUGGACCCAUCACACUGACAAAAGCCCUGCUUCCCAACAUGAUCUCCCGGAGAACUGGCCAAAUCGUGUUAGUGAAUAACAUCCAAGGGAAGUUUGGAAUCCCAUUCCGUACGGCUUAUGCUGCCUCCAAGCAUGCAGUGCUGGGCUUCUUCGACUGUCUCCGGGCAGAAGUGGAGGAAUAUGACGUCGUCAUCAGCACUAUCAGCCCAACUUUCAUCCGGUCCCAUCCAGGGCAGGGAAACUGGGAUGCCUCCAUUUGGAAAUUCUUUUUCAGGAAGCUGACCUAUGGGGUGCACCCCGUGGAGGUGGCCGAGGAGGUGAUGCGUAUCGUAAGGAGGAAGAAGCAGGAAGUCUUCAUGGCCAACCCGGUCCCCAAGGCGGCGGUGUACCUCCGCACGCUCCUCCCCGAGGUCUUCUUCGCUGUGGUGGCCUGCGGGGUGAAGGAGAAGCUCAACGUCCCGGAGGACAGCUAACUGCAGG